UCCGCCGGCCGCUCGUCUACAAGGGCAGUGAAUACAAUAGCAGACUCCGCUGUGCCGAAAGGGUUCCUAAAGUAUUGGGCCCGACGUAUAGGCGAAGAAGUUGCACAGCUCCCCGACAGCGACGAAUUUGAAUCCGUAUAUGCGAAGAGAGAAAAAGUUUUGUUCCCCUUUCGGUCUACAACAACGGAAUGGACGGCGAAUACCGCAGGAGGGAUGGUUGUCCUUUUAAUGCCGUGGGGACCUCUUAUGAUGCUGCUUGGCUUCAUUCUGGGCUACUUCCUUGGCCUUGGGUUGGCAAUGGCCAACGACGUGUGCCGCUUACGAAAGAAUACCUCCGCAGCUGCGCAACAGAAGCGAAAGAUAGACAAUUUGAUGCGGUGGGCAGGGUACCACUUUGCCAGCAGCAACGCGCAGCUACAGCUAGUCUUCAAGGUCAUAAUGGAAUACGAGGUCUUAGCUCGCCUGGGAGACAUAUCAAGAACUGCUCGGUCACAGCUGCGUCUACUCUACGACUUUUUAUGCCGAGGUGACGUUGGGCAUUGCCUUUGGCUGUAUCUCGACUACUUUGAGGCUCAGUACAAGAAUAUGACGCAGGGCGAGAUUUCAAUGUGUGCUCUCACCUGUUUGGUCUGCACGCAAUGCGCUGCCACCCGAAGGCCGAGAACCAAGCCCCCCGUAGUUGAGCGCAUGGCAAACAUGAUGAACCAUCCCAACAUUAGACAAGUCUUCCAAAAGGCGAAAGCGCCAAACCCUAGACAAGCAAGAAAUGAUGAACGGACGGAGAGGUGCCUCUUCUACGCGGACAAUAGUCAGGAAGUGCAGGCGUUUGUGAUGAGGGGUCGCUACCUCUUUGAAUCUCUUCACAAAGACUGUACAGCUGGGAGGAAUUUGCUGAAUUCCGGCAGCGAUUCAUUUACAGACGCGUUUUCAGAGAGCAUGGAGUCAGAUGCAUCAAAAGAACCCCUGGUCAAAGAAGAUGUAACUCAAAGUGCACUUCGUGGGGAGCUGCGGCCUCUGGAGAACUUCAAUGUGGCGUUUACCUACGGAGUAUCGAUUGAACGUGUAGUGCCUUGUAGCAUUGAAGGCACGAACUCCUCAGUAGUACUUCCGCCGACGAAACAUCUCGUGACCACUAAUGGUGCAUCACCAACAAAGCAGCAGGGCCAAGGGAACUCUUCGAGUGGAACUGCAGUCAAGGAAACCCCGGUAACAUCGAGUCAGCAGCGAGAUCACACUAAUGCAACAAGUGGUCAGUCAAUACUGCGCAUCACGCAUGUGAAAUCGUAUUUUUAUAUAUGGCCAGCUCCUUAUGAGUGCAAUGUCGAGCUCACUUAUCAUUUAACAGCGAAAGUUGGGAUGCCAUCGGCUCCAUUAUGUGCUUGCGGUAAUAAUAUGGUUGCCUCAGCACGUUUGUUCAAGAACUACGAAGAUUUGAUCAAUUUUGACACCACACUAAAGCAUCAGACUCCUAUUGCUCCCUACGAAUUCCAAUUCCUCGAUGAGCGCGAGCAACACGACCCUGCAGAUACUUCGUGGGAACAAACGGUUAACCAGCCUUCGAUUCAGGUUUACAAGUACAUCUCUCCCAAUUCCCCCGUGGUAAUCGUCAAGGCAUACGCGAAUUUCGAAGGAAUUCCUCUGGCUGUUCUCAGACACAACAUCCAGGAAGUCAGCUGCCGCCUCCUUUGGGAUACCACGUUCGCAGACUAUCGCAUCAUAGAACAUGAUAUAGACGGCUGCGAGAUUAUAUACUGCGUUAUGAAAGCCCCAUUUCCAGUUGCCAACCGUGAUUUCCUCCAGUGGAGGCGAACGCUUAGUUGCCCACAAGAAGGAUUUGUUAAAAUGAUGAUGAGGUCGGCCGACCAUCCGUCCGUCCCAGAGCGGCCAGGGUGUGUGCGUGCAGAAACCCUGAUGUCAGGAUACCUCAUGCGGCAGUGCCAGAAUGACCCGAACUCCUCCACAUUGUUUCUUGUAGCGCAGACCGAUGUUAAGGGUCUGAUUCCUAAGUGGCUUAUAAAUUCUACAGCAGCCCGCGCGCCUGUAGGAUGGGUCGAGAAUCUUAGGCGAGCUUGCUUGAAGUGCAUGGAAGACCGUAACCCCCGUUCUCUGCAGUGGUGA